AUGGCUGUCCCAAAAGUUACCGUCCAGCAGAUUCAAUGGCGGCCCCGACUCGGUCGUGCUCCUGCGCCGCCGCCAUUGUUCCUCAUCCAUGAUAGUUCUGGUCUGUUGUUCAACUACCAUCUACUUGACGAUCUCAAGCGGGAUGUUUACGGCAUUGCCGAUCCACUGUUUGGCACUGAGGAGCGCUGGCAUGGAGGCAUCCCCGAGAUGGCAAGAGAGUAUGUCUCUGCCAUCCAGGCGACUGUUGGCAAAGGACCCAUUGUCAUCGGCGGAUGGUCACUCGGCGGCAUGAUUUCCAUUGAGAUGGCUCGCGUUAUACGCAGGUCCCUGAGCACGACCACGGAUGUCCGUGGCCUUAUCCUCAUUGACACGCCCAACACUCAAGGUUGGAAGGCUCUUCGCUCCGAGCUUGACCCUUUCGAUCUUGAUCUCUCAAAGGCAUCACCUCGCGUUCAGCAGGGCGUGAAGCGCCGCUUCGAGUUGGCCGAGGAUCUUGUCUACGACUGGGAGUUCCCUGGCCCAUCAGACUUGCCUACAGAUUAUUCUGUCGCCGAGAGCAGUAAGUAUUUCUUUGGCAAAGGGGAGCGUUCUCGUCUCGCUGCGUUGAAGACGGAUAAGGAGCUUGCCCUUAGUCUGCGACUACAGCAAGAAAGGUGUCUGUUGCCGCCGGCUCUUCUGGUGCGGGCCACGGACCUUGUGAAGCCCGACGCAGAGAGCCGAGCUCGCGUGGACCUUUCCAGGGACCAGCGCAUGCUAGGCUGGGAGGAUCACCCUGUUGGCUUCAUCCGAGCUGUGCAAGAUACGUCAGGCCACCAUUACGAUCUCUUUGAGGGAGGUGACAGAUUGAUUGCAGUGUCGCAGGCCAUCAACGGGUGGUGUUCCAUCCUAGACGAGGCGUGGAGCAGCAGGAGCAAGGGUGUCAUGCUUAAUCCUGCGAAGACUGGGGUUGCAGAGAAGAAAAACAUAAUGAUGGAGAAGAAACUGACUGCAGUUGUUCAGGAAGUUCCGGCCUUCUGGAUAUAG